GGCGCCCAAAGCUCCCAAGGGCCCGAAGUCGCAACGGCAUCGAGAGCCAGAGCUGCAUCCAGCAGACUUUCCGUCGCGCAACUCCGUGCCGCCUCGCCUGGACCUCGAAAACGCCAUGACGUUGUCUUUGCCGCUCGAAUCAACAUGACAGAAACCCCGCCACUGCCUGGCGACAACGAUCCGCACGAUGGGGCCACAGAACCAGCGCCCGGCAGCGAACGCGUGAUCAGCCAAGGCAGCAGCACGCCAAACCCGAGCCCGUCCUCCCAGCUUGGACAUCUCUCGAAUAGCGCCAAGGAAGCUGAAGAUGCACCGGGCAGAAUGAUGGAGCAGUCGACGGACGAAGAGGAUGGCGAUGACGGCGACGACGGUGGCGACGACGGGGAGGAGGAAGAAGAGGAGGAGGAGGAAGAGGAGGAAGACGACGAAGAGGAGGAGGACGAAGAGCCGAAGCUCAAGUACGCGCGCUUGACCCAACACCUCGGGCCUGUCUACCGAAAUGGCGAUGCGACCAGCGCCUUUCUUGUCGCAGGGGACAAGAUGAUUGUUGGGACUCACAAUGGCAACAUCCACGUCGUCCAGCUACCAGCAUUCCAGUCUUUGCGAGUCUACCACGCCCACUCCGCCUCCGUCACCUCGCUGUCGAUAUCCCCGUUUCCGCCUCCACUCCCUGCCUCCAAACCUGACGUGGCUGCCAGAUCGGUUUCUGACAGUCCUCAACGACCAGCCACGGCCACGAGCAACAGCCAUUCCUCGCCAGCUGCCACCUCCCGAAGACCGAAAGAGCAGCAGGUCGUGCCGAACACACCGUCGAAUAAUAUCUACAUCGCCACGUCCUCCACGGAUGGCAACAUCUGCGUGCAGUCGCUGAUUGACGUCAAGGACGUGCAGUUGCGGAACUUUGCCCGCCCCGUGCAGGCCGUCGCCCUGUCGCCCGAGUACAAGCACGACCGGACGUAUCUGUCGGGCGGACUGGCGGGCCAGCUCAUCCUGACCGUCGGUGCGCCAAAUGGCCGGAGCACGGCCAUGACCACAGGUGCCACCGCACAUGCGGCUGGCUGGCUGGGCGGCAUGGUUGGAGCCGGCACCGGGAGGGACACCGUCUUGCACUCGGGCGAGGGGACCAUCAACACCAUCAAAUGGUCCCUCUCGGGGCGCUACGUGGUCUGGCUCAAUGAACACGGCAUCAAGAUCAUGCGCACAAAGCUCCAUCUCGACAACGCCGACGCCGAAGAUGCCUGGAAGCGGAUAGGCCAUAUCGACAGGCCUCAGACAGACGAGUGGGAGACCAUGGCCAGUGUGUGGAAGGGGCGGGCGGAGUGGAUAGACGAGCAGGCGGUUGAGCACGACGAGGUUGCCGCCGAACACCGCGAGGCCGUGCUGUCUCCAGCGGCUGAGAGCCUGAAGCGGCAACAGCUCAAGAAUGGCAAGAAGGCCGAGCGACUUCUCGUGGGGUGGGGUGGCACCAUUUGGAUCAUCCACGUCCACCCCGGCGGCAUCGGUGCGGGCAAGAACGCUGGGGAGAGGUCCGCUGGGCGGGCGGAGAUUGUAAAGAUACUGCGGAUGGAUUGCAUCAUUUCCGGCAUUUCGUUAUAUACCCAGAACCUUUUGUUGGUUCUUGCUUACUGCUUGCCCGACGAGGAGGAAGAGGACAACGAAGCCAGCGAGCCAUCUCGAGGCCACAGGCAUGCGCUAUCUGAGAGCUCUACCGGGAGCGGGCCUUCCGGAGGGAUCCAGCGAAAGCAGAACAGGCAGCCGCCCGAACUGAGACUCAUCGAUUUGUCGUCGCAGGCCGAGGUGGACAAGGACGGAUUGACAGUCAGCCGCUUUGAGAGGUUAUCAUCGAACGACUAUCACCUCGGCAUCCUGCCCGCCCAAAACGCCGCUGCCGCGGCAUCAUCCAAAGGCGCCCUGGAGGCGCUCGCAGGGCUAGGCACUGACGUCCUAAACGCUGCCCUGAACCCCAUGUCACUAUUCAGCUCCGCCGCAAGCGUCAUGAGCAAAGGCAGCGAUGGCGCCUCGGCCUCCAACGUGCCUCCUUCGGCGGCCCGGUCAGGCGGUGCCUCGGUCCACCCGCAUCUGCUCAAGCCAGGGGUCAAAAUCUUCAUCCACAGCCCGUAUGACUGCAUCCUGGCUACCAGGCGCGACCUCAGCGACCACCUGGCAUGGCUCCUAGACCACAAUCAAUACCAAGAAGCAUGGACGCUAGUCGACCAGCAUCCCGAGAUCAUGUCGGCGGCUCCCGAUGCCACGCCGACAUCGCCGCAACACACGCAAACCACCGACGACUUCUAUGACGAGACUGCGUCGGUCGCCGAAGGCAUGCGGUCCUUCAACUCAGCUGCAGAGAAAGAGAAGCGGCGGAUUGGCGAGCUGUGGAUACAAGAUCUCAUCGAGGCUGGCGACUGGGCUCUGGCCGGGCAGAUAUGUGGAAAGGUCGUCGCCACGCCCGACCGUUGGGAGAAAUGGGUGUGGACGUUCGCCGGUGCGAACAAGUUCGACGAGAUUGUCAACUACAUACCCAGCGAACGCACGCGGCCCCCCAUGCGAGGCACCCUCUACGAGGUCAUGCUCGGGCACUACCUGCAGGUUAGCAAACCCCGAUUUCGAGACCUGCUGGAUCGGUGGUCGCCCGACCUGUACGACGUGAGUGCCAUCACGUCGGCUCUGCAGGACCAGCUCAUGUACCGAGACGUGCGGGAGGAUAGUGUCGAGGACGGAGAGGUCGGCCGGGACUGGCGGAUCGUCAUGGAGAGCUUGGCCAAGCUGCACGAGGCGAGCGGCAGGACCAGGGAGGCGUUGAGGUGUCACAUCAAGCUGCAAGAUGCCGACUCAGCAAUGCGGCUGAUCAAGGAGGGCCACCUCGCAGACGCCGUAGCUGACGACAUCCCGAGCUUCAUCAGCCUGCGCGUCCCUCAAGACCACGCCGCGAAGAUGAGCCGCGCAGAAUUGGAGCAGGCCACUGCCGAGGCCAUCACUUUACUGGUAGACGAGGCACAGCACGGACUGGUAAAGCCGGACGUUGUCGUCGCGCAACUGCAGGACAAAAAGCUGGAUCUGUACACGUUCUUCUACCUCAGGGGUCUCUGGCGGGGAGAGGGCAUGCACGAGCACCCGGGCGAGACACAAGCUCGCCUCGUAACCGACAGCCAGUCGCUGGUUGACCAGUUUGCCGACCUUGCUGUCCAUCUCUUCGCCAUUUUCGAUCAAUCCCUGUUGAUGGAAUUCCUCAAGACCUCGACCGCGUAUGCAUUCGAAAAGGCAGCGCAAGAAUGCGAAGCGCACAACUACGUCCCCGAGCUUGUCUACCUCUACUCCAAGACCGGCCAGACCAAACGGGCGCUUUAUCUCAUCAUCGACCGCCUCGCCGACGUCAGCCGCGCCAUCGCCUUCGCCAAGGAGCAGGACGACCCGGACCUCUGGGAGGACCUGCUCACGUACAGCAUGGACAAGCCGCGCUUCAUCCGCGCGCUGCUCGAGGAGGUCGGCACGGCGAUCGACCCCAUCACGCUGGUGCGGCGCAUCCCCGAGGGCCUGGAGAUCGAGGGCCUGCGCGAGGGACUCAAGCACAUCAUGAAGGAGCACGAGAUCCAGCACAGCAUCUGUGAAGGUGCGGCGCGCGUGCUGCGCAGCGAGGUGGCCGCCGCGCAGGCGCUUCUGCGGAGCGGGCAGCGCAGGGGCGUCAAGUUCGAGGUCGUGCCGGCGCCGAAAGCCGGGAGCAGCACCAAGCCGCCCACCUUCGCCGGUACUGCUGCCCCCGCCUCCGGGCAUGCAGACCCGCCGCCGGCAGCCAAGGACAAAACGAAGUCUUCGGCUACCACAAAUGGCGAGGCCGCCUACCCAUCCGGCACAACCCCCUCUUCCAACACCCCCACCACCAGCACCGCCGCCGCUGCCGCCGACCCCAAAGAAGCAGCACCCAAGAAGUGGACGCCGGGCCACUGCGCGGACUGCCUCGCGCCGUUCUGCCCCUGGGAGACCGAGACGCUCGUCGGCUUCGCCUGCGGCCACGUCUUCCACCUGAGCCACCUGCUGCAGCGGCUGCACGCACCGGGCGGCGGCGGCGAGGAGGUCGACCGUUUGGCAACGCUGAGCGGCGUCGGCAUCGGCGUCGCGGGGGAAGAGCCGAGCGCGGCGGCGGCCGCCGCCGCGGCGCACCUUGUCGGCCCCAAGGUUGCGCAUGCGCGGCUGCUGCGCGAUCGGGUUGCUGGUGGCUGUCCGGUUUGUGUGAGCGGGGAGAAAGGGGGUCGGUGAACCGUGUGGAAGGGUUGGAGGAAGGGAAGAGAGUCAAGGCGGGAGGUGGGGUAAGGGGAAGAGAGUGUGGCAUGCUAAGGAUGGCGCUGUUUAUACUGCAUUGUACACACGGUUCUGCUUUGUCUGACUAAGGUAUAUACCAAGAACUUUGUUGAACUCUCACCGCCCACAGGCCGCGGUGAUGAACGACGCCGUCGAGGCCCCUUGCCAACAAACUUCGCCCAGGGCGUGUGGCUCAGUUGGUAGAGCGUUCGCUUAGCAUGCCCUCGUGUAUGCGAAAGGUCCUGGGUUCGAUUCCCAGCUCGUCCAAAGGCAAAUCGUAACACGGCUGUCUGCUCUUCGCUUUUGCUUCUUUUCCCCAGCUCGUGCGUAUUUUUUGCCUUAU